CAGAUUUGAUCCCUUGUCAUUGUGUUAGAGGUUCAACAGCUGAUUAUCCUUUUUUUUGUUACUAACGUCUUGCUUCAAAACGUCACUAAUCUAGUGCUGAUCUAUUUCCCUUCGCAGGACACAUCGCUCACUUGAUCCGACGACCCAGAAUCUGUUCGUUUCUCAACUACCAUUGCUGGAGACUGCAUAACAAGAAAUAUAAAUAGACAUGUUAAGGAGCUUCUACACUUCUUUCAUAAUACUUGUCCUUGCGGUGACGGUAUCCGCAAAGAGAUCUCUCUCCGCGACCUCCUUAGUGACAUGUAUGGAGAACUCCCAAAUCUCCCCCACAUACUUUAACGUGACUUUCAACCCUGAUGAUAGAUCUUUGACAUAUUCUCUUGACUUGAAUACCGAAAUUAGUGGAAGGGUCAUGGCUGACGUCCAGGUAUUUGCGUAUGGAUUCUUGAUUAUUGAAAAAAAUAUCAACUUGUGUGAUCUCGGAUGGAAACAGUUCUGUCCCAUGUAUCCGGGAAACAUGCAAGUGGAAAGUAUCGAAUAUAUCUCCGAUGAAUAUGUUAAGCAAAUCCCGGGAAUUGCCUACACUGUUCCUGACAUUGAUGCAGUCGCCAAGGUCAUUAUCACUGACAUGGAAAGUGGAAAGGUGCUCUCCUGUAUCCAAUCCAGUUUCACCAAUGGAAGAACUGUCUCUCAAACUGGUGCCAAAUGGGCUACUGCCGUUAUUGCCGGUUUGGGGCUCUUGAUCGCUGCCCUCUUAUCAACUGUGGGUAAUUCAAACGCUGCUUCCCACGUCUCUGCAAAUGCUGUGUCUCUUUUCUUGUAUUUCCAGGCUGUUGUCGUUGUGUCGAUGCAAAGUGUACAAAGAGUCCCUCCUAUUGUUUCUGCUUGGUCUGAAAACUUGGCUUGGUCUAUGGGUUUAAUCAGAGUUAGCUUCAUGCAAAAGAUCUUUAGAUGGUAUGUUCAAUCCACUGGAGGUAACCCAUCUUUGUACUUUCAAGGUUCCACUAAGCAAAUCUUGGUACAAAGAGCCCAAAAUGUCUUGACAGAUCUCCAUGCCCGAGCCAUGGAAUUGAAUCCAUUUGUCCUGAAGAGAAAUUUGGACUUUGCCCUUGAUUCGAAUGUAAAUUUACUUGUCUUUAGAGGUAUCAAGCGUGUUGGUUACAACUCCCAUAUUGAAAUCACAUCUAUUGUCGUUACAGGAUUCACCUUUUUCGUUCUUUGUGGGUAUGUCUUGAUUGCCCUCAUUUAUAUUGGUAAGCAAGCUUUGACCUUGUUGAUCAGAUUUGGAAAGAUUAAUCCAAACACUGCCACUCACUUUAGAAGAUCCUUUGGUAACAUUUUCAGAGGAUCUCUUCUUAGAUACAUUUAUAUUGGAUUCACUCAACUUGUUAUUUUAUCACUUUGGGAAUUUACCCAGAAUGAUUCUCCAGCUGUUGUCUUGUUGGCAGUUUUGUUCCUUCUUUUGGCACUUGGUAUGAUUGGUUACUCCUUAUUUAGAACCGUUACAUUUGGUAAAUUAUCUAUUCAAAAGUUCAACAACCCUGCUGCAUUAUUGUAUGGUGACCAACAAAUUUUGGAUAAAUAUGGUUUCUGUUACACCAUGUUCCAUGCUCAAAAGUAUUGGUUUGGUAUUGUUCUCGUUUGCUAUUCUCUUGUCAAGGGUAUAUUUAUUGGUUUAUGUCAAUACUCUGGUAAGGCUUCUUCGGUGAUAAUUUUCAUAUUGGAUUUGGUUUAUACCGCCGUUCUUAUCUGGCAAGCUCCGUACUUGGAUAAGUCUACUAACAUUGUUAAUUAUUGUAUGUCUGCUGUCAACACUGUGAAUGCGUUUUUGUUCAUGUUCUUCUCGGAUUUGUUUGGACAACCAGCUCAAGUCUCUUCUAUUAUGGGAUGGAUUUUCUUUAUCUUAAAUGCAGCCUUCUCGUUGAUCCUUUUGAUUAUGAUCAUUGUUUUGAUUGUAUUAAGUGUUAUCUCUAAGAACCCUGAUGCCAGAUUUGCACCUGCCCAAGAUGAUAGAACUUCCUUCCAACGUAAGGCUUCUGUAAGAGAUAAGAACGGUACUAGAGUUCCAUCUAAGGGUGCUAAUGAAUUAACGGCUUUGGGAAUUGCUGCCCAAGAUCAUCAAAAUGAUUGGGAAUACCAAAUGUAUAAGUUAAACGAUUUGGCACAAAGUGAAAAAGGAUCUCCAAAUCAAACUUCUCCACCAGAAGAAUCAUCUAAUGAUUCAAUUGCAUUAGAAAAGGAAGAAAAUCGUGCUGAGGCACAAGCCAAGAACGAAUCCUUGGGCACAAAAUUCAAAAGAUUAACAAGAGGAAAAUCUCUCGUCAAACAAAAAAGCCCAGAAAACGUUAAGCGUAUAAGCGAUACAUUAUCCGACAAUGAUGAUGAUGAUUUGCAAUUUGAAAGUAAAGAUAUGUUAAAUGAACCAGUAUCAUUCCCUAGAGAUAACUCGGAUAUUCCAAUUAACCAGCAUUUCAGAAACCCAUCGAAUAGUGCCUUUUCUGCAUACUCCACCAACCCUACCGACGAGCCUACAAAAUCUAGAGGUUUUGUCUAGACUACCGUUCUGUUUGGAACUUCAAACUUUGUAUAUUAUUUUCCAGCUCCCCGAAAGGUUUGCUUCAUUAUCCU